AUGCUGCAAGUCCCAGUAGUUCCGGAUAUUCGUCUGGGGUCCGACUCCAAUGGAAACGGUACUUAUGUACAUAUCCCCAGUGUAGUUCAUGCCUUAGAGCUCUACCCCAUCGGAUCGAGACGUCAGAAAACAAGAUGUGAGUCUAGCCGCCAGGAUCAGCUACCAUUCCUCGAUACCAAGGACGAUGGGAUAAAAUCUCAUGAAGCAUCUAUUUCAACAAAAUGUGAAUGCCGGCAAACAGAGGAUACUGAUUCGACAAAUUCCUUAGUAACCCCUUCCUAUGUCUCGAGCACUGCCCAGCUUCAGGCUCGCGUAAAGGCAAAAUUGGGGCAGCAUCUUUUUGGUGCACUAAAACAACGCCUACAAAGCAGACAAAUGAUGUUUGUAGCGUCGGUGCCAUCCCGUGAACCUGUGCGCAACGCCACAGGGGAGCUCAAGUCCGCCACCCACUCAACGCAAAACUCAUCUCUCCGUGAAGCAAGCAGAUGCUCCAGAAUCACCACAUCGGAUAAAAUACCUAGUAUUAGACAGAGAGAAAAAUCGAGGCGCCAUCCAAAUAAGGCGUCUGCGUUUCCACAAUUAGGUAUGCAUAAUCUCAUGAGCUCUAUGCCAACUGCUACGCAGUGCUCAUGGAAACCUGAGAUGAUGAUCAUGAAUAUGGCCAAGGAUACUUCCUCGCAUGAUCACUCAUCGCUUACAACGAAUGGUAUGCGUAUUCGAAAGUGUCAUGAAAACGGAUCAUCCAUGUGGGAGGAAGACCAGACCUCGAAGAUUGAACUCGUUCGUAUUAAUCGCUUAAAGGCCAUUCCAAACCACAACCGUGGCAUUUUUUCUGGUCUGAAGCAAUUUUUAACGCGCAGCGGGCUUUUCAUUGUGGGAUUGACGCGAGGGCCAGAUGGUCAGCGCAUUCAUCCUAGGGCCUGGCAUCUCUUCUGCGGCUCAAGGGAUACGAAGGAAAUACCAAGGGGGGAUGGAGUCGAUUCCGAAAACACAAUGGUUAGCAACCGAAAGACUAUAGACUACUUGUCCUCCAGUGAUGCCCAUAGUGUGUCGGAUUUUCGUCGUGAGAACUUGAGGCGGUUUAGUGAUGUUUGUCGGAAAAGCAUCUUUCGGGGGAUCCUCACCGAGGAAGAGCGGGAUGAGGCCUCUCGUCGUCUCAAAACCCUUCGCGAAAGGGCACUGGAAACGGUGGUGACGUCCGUGAAGAGCCAGGCAGCCGAAGAAGAGGAGGCGAGGCAGCUGUCCCGUGAAGGUACCCCUUUGGGCGGGAUGGUCUCUAAUGCUUUUCGUCUACCCGGGACGGAUGAUGUUCUACUGUUGCCAGGUCUCAUGCCAAAGUAUGUGCCAUGCGAAAAAGAGGUCGAAAGUAUCACCCCCAACUCCCAUUUCCUUUUGUCUGAAACAAACACGGACGAGCGUUUAUGGAGUUCUGAUCUGGAGGUGCUAAAUCGGACUCACACACUCCGGCCCUCGUCGCAUUCCGUGUAUGGUUUUCCGUUCAAAAACGCACGCGACUCUACCACCACAGUAUCUUUGCUGGAUCAAACCGUCUUUACGCGAGAGUCCGAGGAUCUCCAACCUCCGAGCAAUCGGUCGCACCGUGUGUCGUUGGUGGACCCCAUUCCAGAGGGAGGGGACUCAGGGGGGGACUCCAGUCCUGACCCCUCCGGCCUUUUUGUGUCAACGGGGGAGGCCCCUCGCAAGGCCUUUUGCAAGACCCCGAAGAGGCCCCUCUCUCCCCUCUCCCUAUCAAAGGAGACGAACAGGGGCCCCCUUGGCACCCCCACGGACGGCCCUGUUACACUGCCGAACUUGGUCUCAAGUCCCGGCAGGAAGGUUGCCACCCCGGACAAGGCCGACCGUGAUCGGGAUCAUCUCUCGAGAAAACUGGAAUUAUCCUACAAUGAGGCCGUGUUGCCGAUACCCGGUAAUACGGACGUCGCGACCUUGAGUGGGAAUCAGCUAAACAUUACCGAGGCGGGUAUUCAGACGGCUUCGCGGCGACGCCGAAGAAGCCGCAAACAAAAAUCGGUAAAACCACACAUGAUCAGCGAUUAUGAGAAGCUGUAUAACGAGUCUCAGGUAAACAUGUUUAGUACUAACCUUCCCCAGGCAAUGGAACACAUACAAAUGCGUAAGGCAGCUACGCGUAUUCUAGACGAUCUCGAUUUUGACGGCGAGUCAUUUCUCGGUCUCGCAAAAUUUUCGGAUUAUGUUGUCUGUGACUCGGAGUCCGACGGAUCGCGUGGGUACAACAAAAAUAUGUUGGACAACUUAACCUCUCCCAGGAGUUGGGAUACUCAGGGACAGAAAGAGGUUCAAGAACUGGAGGUGAAUGUGGACCAACUACAGGAUCGAAUCGAUACGGAAGUCGAGGAGGACUUAGCUGAUCUGAUUGCAAAGCGGAAUCAGCUCAAGGCAGAGGUCGAGGAACAACAGCAGCUCAUAGACGCUUUUCAGGUGGAUCUUCAAAACCUAUCAAAUGAACGGUGGGGCACUGAGGGUGAUGCGUUUGCGAUCCAGCUUACUGCGGAAGUUAAUCAAUAUGCUAUGGAGCAUCGUCAACAGCUUCAAGGACUUUUUCAAGAACUUUCGAAUGACGAUGACAUAUGCAUAAGUGGUAUAACCGACAGUAUGCUAAGUCAGUUUGUUAGGGGGAAAGCUGAUAUGAUCAGUGUGGGUACUCAAGUAAUGGAUUCUGAUCUAGGAUUCGUCGAUGAUGAGUUGAGGGAAACGAUUGAGCAGAUGGAUGAAAUGUUUUAUCAUGAAAAAGCCUUGCGCAGUGCCAUUGAUCUCACCCAUGUGGCACUAUCGAAGGUUAUCAGUUUCCAUGCCUCGCUGGAGCUAGAGUCAACCUGUAAGGAGUGUUUUUAUCUGUUUGAGCAACCACGAACUUUAUGGCCGUGCGGCCACACCUUUUGUCAGCUUUGCUUGUCAGAGAUGUACAAUAAAAGUGGCGAGUUGGUGUGCAGUGAAUGUGGUUCUGUCUGCAUUUUAGGUUACACACCAAACCUAUCAAUAGAGCUAAUUGCGAGCUAUCAGGUACUGCAAGAUGCCAAGAAUAAAUCAUCCUCUGAUGGAAAGACUAUUGAGAAUACAUUACAAGGUUUAUUGAACUAUUUACUAUCAUCUCGGGAAAGUUUUGCGACUGCUCCUGGAGCUCUUACGCGGUAG